CCCGUGAGGCUGACCACACCGCAUAACUCUCCUCGUUACACGUUUGCACAUUUCUCUGCGUCGAAAACUCCAACCACACCGUUCCCUCGAGGGCCUCGACAGUCGUACUCGCUCACUCACUCUCAAUCGAUGCAGCAGCAGAAGAAAAUGGACGCGCCUCUUUCUUCUCUCCUUCUCUUCUCCGUCUUCGUCUUCUUCGUUUCCGUUUGCGCUGCCGCCGAAUCCACCGCGACCGUUCAGCCUCAUGCGAUCGACUCGUUCAAUCUCAGCUUGAUUCAGAACGUAGGGAGCUGUUCUUACACGGUGGAUAUAAGCACGAGCUGUUCUUCACCGGUGUACACUCGCGAUCAAAUCAGUAUCUCCUUCGGGGACGCCUAUGGCAACCAGAUUUAUGCUCCAAGGAUCGACGAUCCAGCUUCAAAGGCAUUUGAGAGAUGCUCCUCCGACACAUUUCAGAUAUCCGGGCCCUGUGCGUACCAGAUCUGCUAUGUUUACCUUUACAGAAGUGGACCGGAUGGAUGGAAGCCAGGGACUGUGAAGAUCUACGGCUACAAUUCGAAGGCUGCGACCUUCAAUUACAACACCUACAUUCCUGGCGAUCUUUGGUACGGGUUCAACUUUUGUGGCAAUGCUGCUGCCUCUGUAAGUUCAAGGCGCAUUCCGGGAUGGUUUGUGUUUGUGAUUCUGUGGCUCUUUGGUAGUGCUGUGCUAUGAAUGGGAGAGCACAUUUUAACAUGGUGAUUCUGUGGCUCUUCGGUGUUAAUUGCUGGAGAGUUGCAGGAUGAUGAACUUGGGUUGGAAAAUCUCUGUUGGUGUAUGUGUACUUGUACUGGAUUGUAAGUAGGAUUGCUACCAUAGUUGUAAAACUUAAGUAGAGUAUAUUUCUCUGAUAAGUAUCUUGCCUUUCUUUUCCCUGACUUGUUCAUCUCAUCAUCUGGGAACUAGGCCAUGUCACCGUGAAAUUUACUGGGGAGUGGGGAGCUUUUUACUCUCAUGGCAAAUCUUACUCUGUGAUUCGUCGUGUAUAAUUUCUGUUGAUGUUGUCAGCAGCUAAUU